UUGCUCCUCGGUUUCUACGCCCUCCGUUGCAGCACCUCGCUGUCUCCGCUGGCAUUCGCUCGGAUGUGUCAUUCCCCUGCUUCUGAUUCUCUUUCAGGAGUUGGGGUUGAUCCUUGAUGCCCAGAGGAAAGCAAAGAGGCUGCGAAGGGCGAGUCUGAGUAGAACAAGACAGCGAUGCCUCGACAAUGAGCAUGGUUUGUUCAGAAGUUGCACCACAGCAGACGGAACUCACCUGCGAGGUGUGGUGAUAGCAUCAGCUGGUAGGGAGACCGGGCCAGAUAUCUGCCUUCGAUCGAUACAGCUCUGCAAGCAUAGGCGGAAAUGGGAGGUGGAACAGAACGGGAGGUCCAGAGAUUGGGAUGUUGAUAGCAGUACGGGCAAAAAAAUCGGGCUGGCGAACGAAUUGGGUAGAACUAUUGUGAUGUUGUAGGGUGAUUCGGCAUGGUUGCUGGCUAAUGGUUUGGACGGAAGACGCGAGAGUUUUAGAAGUUGGCGGUCAUGGCGGGCAGAUUCGUAUCGUAAUGUGGCGGUGACUGGGAGUGGGAGUGGUAACAGGAGUGAAAGUAUUGUGAAAUCUUUGCUUUAUGGUCUUGUUUACGUGAGUCCUAUAUGCGAAACGUUGCACAGAGGAGAGGAUUUGCAGGCGCGCACGAAUGCCUUUGAAUGCUCGAGAUGGUGGUUUGUCCAGAGAUGUUGCAAAUGUGACUUCAGUUGUCUGUUCGAGGUUUAGCCCGGUGCCUGGGAUUAAGGGUUUUUUCAGUGGAAGGCACCAACGGCUGGUGGGAGAAGACAGCAAUCGCAUUCGUAAUUGCCAAGACUCGGAGCGGAGAGACAGGGGCGGCGUGAGUUGUGACUCGGUUUCGGGAAGCAUAUGGUUCAGUGGGGAGUUUCGAAUGUUAAGUCGGACCUGCACGUCGAAGCAUCACGAUAUCUGUCACACCCACGACCAUCUUAGUGGAAUGGGCGAUUUUCAUGCUGUGAGCUCUUGGGGAGAUGGAGUGGGUCAUGCGCAGUGGUUGGAGUUAUGCAUAGCUGGCGUGCGAGUAGUUGGUGGUGCCAUAAGGCUUUGAUGAAGUUGUUACUUCGGCAUCGAUGCGUAUGCGGCCUUGUAGAAUCUCGAUGCAGCUCCAGCUAAGCGUUGCCUGGGGUUUUGGAUGUGGUGCGUGUUGGUGAAGCAGAAGAGAUCCCACGCAAAUAAUUUUUGAGGAUUGGUUCGCUCAAUUCUGGGCCUGAGGUGAUCUAUUUUGGAUGACUUCUAUACUCGAGCACCUUCUAGUGGCAUUUAAGUCAAGGAGAGGGAGUUAACAAAAGGAUUGCAUUUGUAGUUCCUGAUUACUAUGUCAUCUGAGGUUUGGCGCGCGACAGAGUUGAGCACCAAAGUCUCAGCUUCAUCAUGCUUGCCAGCACUACAGCGCACUGUUCGAAGAAAUGUCGAUUUUGGCGGCAAAUUAUGGACUACACGCCGGUAUCCUCUCUGUCGGCAAGUUGUAGCCUUCGAUAGUGGUUCUGAUCAGGCUUUAUCACAUGACCAAUCAGUAAGAAGGUCCACAUUAAACGACGCACAGAAGUGCCAGGGUUGGUACUUUGGUGCUAGUGAUAAAUUUGACAAGAGAGGCAGCUCUGUUAAAAACCUCCUCUCUGAAAAUGCUACUUCAGCACAGUCUCGACUUAUCAAUCAUGAAAUUGCUAGUUCUCCUUUUUCUGGAAAACGCUCUGGAGUGAGCGAGGCGGAGCUAGGUACUGAAGCAAGAUCAUUGUACCCUCGGUCAAGAAGUGCUGGUGGUCGACCACCUUUAACAGAUCAUGAGGAAGCUGAGUACGUAUCACACGUGCAGGAUUUACUCGCACUGGAGGCUAAGAAUGUGGAAUUGGAAGAGCAGCUUGGGCGGGUACCAACUGUGCAGGAAUGGGCCGAUGCUGUUGGCAUUUCUGUUUUUGCCCUUUACGCCAGAGUGGGGAGAGGACGGGCAUCUCAAAGAAAGAUGGUCGAAGCAAACACUCGGCUUGUUCAUUCAGUGGCACAACAAUUCCAUGGGCGGGGAUUAUCGCAUGAUGAGCUUUGUCAACAAGGGUAUAUUGGACUUUUGAAAAGCUCAGAGAAGUUCGAUCGCACACGAAGCACAAAAUUCUCUUCUUAUGCUUUCUUUGGGGUGAAGAAUCAAAUGCGUAUUGCAUCUGAGAAGUUCGGUCGUGAGUUGAGGAUAGGCCAAACGGUCUAUGCAAAUAUUUCAAAACUAUUGGGACAUAAGGAUGACUUCGUUAUUGAGCAUGGAAGACAACCCACAUCUGAUGAACUUAAGAAUAUCGCAAAAAUGAGUGCAAAAAAAAUACGCGAAACGUUUCGGACUAUGCCGUUCGUGAAGUCAUUGGAAGCUUCAGAAGCUGGUUCAUCCGAAAGUAGCAUUCGUGGCGGAAAGCACUAUUUGCAGCAGUUAACAGACCACUCUUUUACAUGUAAUCCUUGGGCGUUUUUACGUGAUGGAGAACAAAAGACUGAAGUCAUUCGAGUACUAUCUUCACUUACGCCUCAUCAACAAGAAGUUAUGCAUCUGCGCUAUGGACUUGGGGGCCACCCUCCACUGUUGAGAUCUGAGGUAGCCUUAGUGUUGGGAGUUUCUUCGACAGCGGUACUGUGCACUGAGAAGAGAGCGUUGGACAGAUUGCGCGAACUUGCUUUAGAAGAGGGACUAUUGAACUACCUAAAUGACAGUUUCUGGAACUGAUGAAGCACUUUUCAUGGAGAGAUAGAGUUAUGCCAACUUAACGAGUUUCCAGGGUUAGCUUGCUGCACUUGUGUUCCAUUGUACCAUCAGCUACCAUAUGAUCAGGUGACCACAGGUUCUGAAGACGUGAUUUCAAGCAUGUUCGUGUUAGGACAUUGCUAAGAAUGCCCAACAGUUGCAGCAGCCUAGUUGACAUUGAUGAAAUUCUUAAAGGUCUAAUUAGGCAAUUUUAUUUUUUUUUACCUAUUUUCAAUUUUUAAUUUUUAAUUGACAGUAUAUAUAUAUAUAUAUAUAUAUAUAUAUGUUGUCAUCUCAUCUACGUU